CACCCCUCCCCUCUCGUUCUGUCCCUCCCUCUCCCUUUCCAUCUCUGCCCAGCCUCCUGCCGAGAAGCUGGUCGCGGCUUGUGCAGCCGGCUUGAAUUUCUUGGAGAAAGGGUUUGACUUAAAGGGACAAAACUGCUGCGCAGUUUGAAACAGCUCAACUUCUGUGACCUGCUGUUGUGUCCCCUCCAGCAUACUUGCGUCUAUGGGACAAGAGUCUCAAAUGAGAGUUCAGUUUCUGCAAGAAACACUGGUUUUAUUUAACAUAAAACAAUCCAUAUCUGUAUAUGUAUUUAGGUUCCUAAACUCUUUGGUGCAAAAAAUGAGACACUUGGGAGUCUUUUCUGGUGUCAGCAAUUCUCUGUUCCUGCUAUCUUCCAUCCAUCAGACCCCAAGCCUCCUGUGUUUGUAUCUGGAGGAUUCACUUCUGCACAGCUCUCUUAGCCAUCCUCCUUGUUGUGCUGGCUGCCAGUCUGAAAAAGCAUGCUAUAAUUUGCACCACAAGUUAAAAAAAGGCAAAAAAAACCAACCGAAACCAACAAACAGAACUCCACCCUCAAAUUUCCAAAGAAAAGGAAAAAGACUGGGACAUUUCCUUUCCCCGUGGAAUGUGAACCUCUGCCCUGCCCCUGGGGAUGUUUGUGUGCCUUGGCUUCCAAAGCUAGACUCAAUGCCAGCAGCACAGCAGCAGGUAACUGUGCACACGUUGGAGGAGAAAUCCUUCUAAGUGUCAGGAGAUCUUUGCUGUGCUUUUCCUUGACAGCUUAAAGGAUUUGUGCUGGCCUGUGAAGCAGACUUCAUUCCUCGAGUGAAAACAGAUAACACUGUUUGAGUUGAUCCAUGGCUGGAGAAAGCACGUUGCUCAUACCUGCUCCAUCACAGCUUGUAGGACUUAAUGGAGCGGGUUCACCAUGGUUCUGAGAGGUUUUGGCCCAUUCACUUGAGGGGUUCUCGUUUGCUUUAUUUGGCUGGCAGAGUGCUUGCCUUGUUGCUACAUAUUUUCAGGGCUCCGUACAGCUGUGUGGAAGAUACCAAAGAUAUGCUCAUGUGAUUCCCUGCUGAUUCCAGUACCUGUAGCCAAGCUUCUCUGUGGGAUGGUGCCCUUGAGAACUUGUUUGGUCACCAAUGCUUGCUGCACAGUGCCAGGGAUUCAUUUGCUGGCCGUGGAGAAUGCACCUCUCCCAGCCAGCAGCCUCUCAGAGCAGGAGGAGGAGGAAGACACCAUCUGGGAGAAGAUUGAGAGUGCCCGGCACCAGCUGACGCGCUCCCUGAACCCGGCCAAGCUGACGCCAUACCUGCGCCAGUGCCGCGUCAUAGACGAGCAGGAUGAGGAGGAGGUGCUCAACUCCUGCCGAUUCCCUUGCAAGAGCAACCAGACAGGUUACCUGAUGGACAUCCUUCGGCGCCGUGGAAAGCGAGGCUACGAAGCGUUCCUGGAAUCCUUGGAGUUUUACUACCCAGAGCACUACACACGGCUCACGGGGAGGGAACCAGCCCAGCGCUGCUCCAUGAUCCUGGAUGAGGAAGGCCCUGAGGGACUAACUCAGUUCCUGAUGAUGGAAGUGAAGAAGGUGAGGGCUCAGCGGAAAGAGCACCUGCUGAAGGAACACCAGCUCCAGGUGAAAAACCAGGCAUUGGAGCAAGAGCAGGUCCGGCUGGAGCAGCAGCUGAAGGAGCUCCUGAAGGUGCAGGAGCGCUGCCAGCGGCUGAGAGAGGAGUGGGACUCCAACAGUGUGGAGCUGCUGAGGCUGAAGGACGAGAACUACAUGAUGGCCAUGCGCUACGCGCAGCUCUGCGAGGAGAAGAACGUGGCUGUGCUGCGGAGCAGGGACCUGCAGCUGCUGGUGGACCAGCUGAAAUGCAAAGUGUCCAGCCUGGAGGAGGAGUGCAGCCUGCUGCGGAGACAGGCGUCGGCAGCGCCGCAGCGAGAGGCGGAGGAGCGGGGCCAGCCUGACACGGUGUCUGAGCUGUGGGCUGAGAACCAGCGGCUCACAGCAUCGCUGCAGGAGCUGCAGGGCAUGCUGCAGAAACCCGGUGAGGGCCCAGUGCCAGGCUCUGAGCAGAUCCUCCUGGACAUCCUGGAGCAUGACUGGAAGGAAGCCCAAGACGACCGGCAGGAUCUCUGUCAGAAACUCAACUCCCUGCAGAAUGAGCUGCAGUGGGCCGAAGAGCUGAGGGAUAAGUACCUCCAGGAGGUGGAAGAUCUGCAGCUGAAAUACCGAACGCUGCAGAAGGACUGUGAUCUCUACAAGCAUCGCAUGAACACAGUGCUGCUGCAGCUGGAGGAGAUCGAAAAAGAGCGGGACCAGGCCAUCCAGAGCCGUGAUGGGGUGCAGCUGCAAUACUCCCAGAGCCUGAUUGAGAAGGACCAGUACCGCAAACGAGUGCGGGCCCUGGAGGAGGAGCGGGAUGAGCUCCUAAGCAAACUGAGCCAGGCAGAGGGGUUGAACAGCACGCUGGAGGCACAGCUGCAGCGCUGCCAAGGCAGCCGCGGCCUCAGCAAGAUGUGCAGCUCUUCCUACUCCCUCUGCUCCAACCUCAGCAGCACCUGGAGCCUCAUAGACAGCCCUGCAAAUGGACUCAUGGAUACCCUGGGGACUUCUGUCACCCCAUUCCCAGGAGAUUCAGCCAUUCAGAGCAUGGAUGAGACUCCCGACAGCGAGAAGGACAUCAACCGCCUUUCCACCUUCCCCUUCCCUCCCUGCAUUGGCUCCAUCCUCCGUCGGCAGCGGGAGGAGAGGUGCAUGCCCCACAAAAGCUUGUCCUGUGGCUCCUUUAGCAGCAUGGAAGAUGGAACAGGCAGCAGUUUUCCUGGCACCUUUCUGGGGGCCUUCUCCUCUUCUUCCAGCAGCACCUACACCAGGGUGAAGUCGGAGAUCUGCUUGUCCACGCUUUCCAGCCGCAAGGAGGUCACCAGGAGGUCACUGGUGGUGCAGCUCACUAGUGUGGGUCAUCCCAGCCACCCCUCACCCCAGGAGAAGAGGCUUGGAGCAGACAUCUCCAUCCUUGGAGGGAACAGGACAGGAAUUUAUGUCCAGUGGGUCAAGCCGGGCUCACAGGCUGAAAAAGCAGGACUCAGGGAAGGGUGCCGGCUCCUUGAGCUGAGGAUGCCAUCGCUGAAGGAAGAGGUGCUUUCCCUGGAGAACUGCACACGGGAGGUUGCCUACCUGAGCCUGCUGCACUGGGAUGAGCCGUCUAGUCUCAUCUUUCAGCUUGACCUAGAAGGAUACCAGCCUCUGCGGGCAGCCCUGGAGGAGGGGAAGAAGUUUUCGGGGGACUCGUUCUACGUGCGCAGCAGCGUGUCGCUCCUGGAGCCGUCGGACCCGUACGCGCUGUGCGUGAGGUGUCGGGAGAUCCUGCACGUCACGGACACCAUGCACAGGGGCCGCCUGGAGUGGUACUGCUCCCGCGUCGACCCCCUGACGCUGCGGGACCUGGACAAGGGCACGGUGCCCAACUACAGCAGGGCUCAUCAGCUUUUGAAGAUCCAGGAGAAGCGCCAGAUGCCUGGGCAGCAGAGAGGCCACAGAAAUACUCUAAAGAAACGUGCCUUGGGCCAGCUGCGCUUGGUGAAAUCCAAACCACAGAAGAGCCCAGAACAGCCUCCCCAGCAGCUGUGGCUGGACCCCUGCUCAGACCCAGACACGACCCUGAAGCCUUACAGCCUGGUGCGCCCUGUGGUGGUCAAGACACCCCGUCCCGUGGUGCUGUUGCCAAGCUGCAUUGCACCUCGGCUCAUCAGGAACCUGCUGGACCUGCCCACCUCUCGCCUGGACUUCCACGUGUGCCCAGCAGAGAAGCUGGCAGGAGGGGAUCCCAGCACAACCCACGCUCAGGAGCACCCUGUGCCUAGAACUGCCCCCCAGGACCAGAGGGAGAGCGGACGAAUCCACAUGAUCCGGGAGGCAAUGGAGAAGAAUAAACACUGCCUGCUAGAGCUGGGAGUUGAGGGUGUGAGGGAUCUAAUUAAAAGUGAAAUAUACCCCAUCGUUAUCCAUGUCGAGGUCACUGAGAAGAACGUUCGAGGACUCAGGAGCUUGCUGGGGAAGGCGGGCCAGCGGGACUCGGAGGUGCUGAAGAUGAGCCGUGCUGUGGAGCGGGCUCUCCACACCCUGCCCUGCUCCUGGGCCCGGGUGGAGCCCCACGCCUGGAGCCACGCCCAGGAGCUGCCCAAGGUGGUUCGUGGCUGCAUCUUCCAGGAGCAAACCCGCCCGCUGUGGAUUGAGGAGGGCGAGGACUGAGUGGGGGGGUAGCAGAAUGGCUCCUGCCACCUACUGUCCCCAAGAGCUGCUCUCAGAGGUCCCUGCCUUCCCAAGCCCCUCCAGGCAGUGUGUUCUUCCUCCCUGAGGGGAUGCUGGUAGCUAAAGGCCCCCCAGGGUAGCCUUUCUCCCCGCUUGAGGGCCACCAAGAGCCAGGAAGUAACAGAUAACAGUGCCUCUCCUGUCUGAGCUUUCUGUAUUUCAUUGGAAAGGCGUCUUCCACCAUCAUGGUGGAAACCACCCCUGUGGGCUGCUCCCUGUCACCUUGGGCUGCCCUUGUACGUGGUCAGACUGACAGGGAAUGUAGGGGAACUCUGUGGGAUCAGGCUGCCUAGGAGCAUUUCUCACACAGAUUUUAAGCUCCUGAGCUCUUCUCCUGUCACCACCAUCUCCCCUGCCCGGUGGCACCGUGUGCUCUGGGUCCUCUCUUCCCAUCUACCUCGCCUCUGGCCCCAAGGCACAGGGAGCAUGGCUCAUACACCUGUGACCCACGGCGGCUGGAGUGACAUUCAGGUUGCAACAAACCCUCGUUUUAUAGGAGCUGUACUCUUUAUUGCUUGUAAAUUAUUAAUGGAGCCUUUCAUUGGCAAACCGCCUGUAAAGGAGAAUUAAAUACCAUUCAUAAUGGGAA